AUGAAAAUGAUCCUGUUGAAACUGGUUAUUGCCAGUGUCCUUUUGGUCACUCGCAUUGAAGCAGCAAAUACGUUUCCAGCAUUUUUGUUCUCCCACAAACUCGUUCCAUCACUGAGAGCCAAUCUGCCUCAUUCUGAGCAGGUUCCUUUCACAUUAGCCGAGGCAACAGAAAUUUUUAACCGUCUGGCAGAGCAAUGCCUUUCUAAUGCAUACAUUGUCGUGAAUCAGCCCGGACUCACGAUCCAAGAUCUCACUAACUUCCAAGGGUAUCCUUUCACAAGAGAUAUGAUGACUGCUGCGAGCACAAUCGUCACUUUUCCCAAUGUUAUUACAGAAGACUCGACCACUUUCAAUCUGGAUAGUAUCGAAAGUCAUCUGAAACAGAGCUGUCACGUCAAGACACACCAGGUUCUCUAUAAUGACGAGAACGAGGUUCCUCCGUACAUUGACACAAGGCCGAGAUUGAUAAAAGUGAUGCUUCCAGCUCUUCCUGAAGAGGAAAUACCCAGAACACAAGCUCUGUUGGAUCAUGACUUUCUUUUGAAGAAAAUAGCAAGGAAGUUGCCUUCGCCAUACAUUACUGUCCUCUACACAACCGAUACAGUAUCAGAGUUCAAGGAGGGCAGGAGUUUCGAGUAUUCCUUUGAAGACAUACCAGACGAUCCAAGGAUGAUAACAACAAGCCAAAUGAAGGAUGCAUUGUACAGUUACGACACUAUUUUCCCGGAUAUAACUAUUUUCGACAAGUCAAGAUGGUUUGAGUAUGAACGAAACGAUAUGGGAGAACUCGACAAUGAUCUGGACAGUUCGGUAUGGGCUAAAGAUGAAGGUGGCAGAGUGGACGACACCUGGUUGGAAAAGAAGACGAAAGAGAUUCUCACGGAGAGAAAGUACACGAGGUUCGGGGAAAACGAUGACAUGUUGGAUUCAUCCAUCAUCAAUAAGGAUCUGUUACUAGAGAAUGCUCCUUUGGUGUUCGGGAUUGUACUGACUGUCUUUGCACUCAUUGCUUACAAUAUACUGCGGUUGAUCUUGAGAUGUGCUGUGGUUGUUUGGAGGUUGGGUUUCAAAGCGAAGGUCAACAAUGAAAAGAAGGUCCAGUAA